CGCGUCCCUGCCAGCCUCGCAUGUUCCGCUAUGUUUCUGAUUCGCAGCUCAGCUGAACUCCCACAUCCGGCCGGUCCUCGCUCUCAGCCUCUCCCAUGGGCUCGCCAGUAUCGUUUGUUUUAUCCAGGAUGGCCGCUUGUGGAGGCACCACCAAGAACAGGCUCACGGUAAAUAAGCACGUCUGGGACUUCCUGACCAAGGAGAGCCCGGCCAAGCUGGUCAAGCUGAAGGAGGAGAACAAGGUCAGCAUCUUGAUCGAUGGCGAAACCUCCGAGAUCUACGUACUGCAGAUCACCAUGCCUGCCCACGGGCCUAGCAACGGCCUCUACCUGGCCCGCAAGGCCCUCAAGGCCCUGCUCAAGGAGACAGAGAAGGAGCUGAAGAAAGCCCAGCGCCAGAGUGAGCUCAUGGGAUGCAUGGCCUUGAUGGAGAAGAACCGGGAGCAUGGGGCGAUGGAGCUGCACCGCCGAGGGGCCGCCUUGAUCUCCAGGGGGCAGCAGACCUCUGGGCCGAGAGUGGUCGGCAGUGGCGGAGGGGUGGCUGGCUGCUCGCGGGGAGGCGGCAGCGGAGGAGGAGGAGGCGGGGAGGAGGAGCAGGACAGCCAGUGCCCCAUCUGUUUGGGGGAGAUCCAGAACAUUAAGACUCUGGAGAAAUGCAAGCACUCCUUCUGUGAGGACUGCAUCACGCGGGCCUUGCAGGUUAAGAAGGCCUGCCCCAUGUGCGGGCGCUUCUAUGGGCAACUGGUGGGCAACCAGCCGGAGAACGGGCGCAUGUUGGUCUCCAAGGACUCCAGCCUGCUGCUCCCCAGCUACGAGAAAUAUGGCACCAUCAUAAUCCAGUACGUCUUCCCACCUGGCAUACAAGGAGUGGAGCAUCCCAAUCCUGGCGUCCGCUACCCAGGCACCACCCGCGUGGCCUACCUCCCCGAUUGCCCCGAAGGCAACAAGGUGCUGGCGCUGUUCCGCAAGGCCUUUGACCAACGCCUCACCUUCACCAUCGGCACCUCCAUGACCACCGGCCGGGCCAACGUCAUCACCUGGAAUGACAUCCACCACAAAACCAGCUGCACUGGCGGGCCGCAACUGUUUGGCUAUCCUGAUCCUACGUACCUUGCUCGGGUGCAAGAAGAACUACGGGCCAAAGGUAUCACCAAUGACUGAUCUGGAUCCCUGGCUGCCCACGUGCCCAGGAACAGCCUGUUGUUUUUGCCAAGACCGGCCAUUGUGGAGGGAACAUCCCUAUCUGUCAAAGCGACUUCCUUAUUUGUCAGAGCUGAUCGUCCCGCAAUGUAGUCUUGAUCAGAACCUGGGUGUUCGGGCCGAGAUGACAUUUGCAAUGGAACUGGUUGCUUGAAAGCUGGCACAUGGAAGCAGAGGCGCUGUGUGUGUGCGUGUGCAAGAGAGAGAGAGUUAGAGACUUGCAGUUGAAUUGAUUGGGUUAAGAAAACUCAAGCCAAUCUACACAUUACACAGAAGGAGAUGGGAGGGUUUGGGGGCUGAGGCACUUCAGACUGCUUGUGGGAGGGGGCAUAACUUUGGACGAUGGCCUGUGUGUUAGAAAAGAAAAGAACUCCCUCAUGUAGUCAGCAAGCACCUCAGGGAGUGAGCUCCACUAAACCUUUCUCCCUCAUUUGCUAGACCUCUACAUGAAGGGAACAUUUUGUUUUUGUUUUACAAGGGAGAGAAUUCAAGAAUAAGACCACCACUACCUGCACUCUGAAGGAACAUAGUCCAGAAUUUUACCAUAAAUGUAGGCUGGCUCUUAGGGCCAAACAUCAAAAGGGCCGUGCAGGGGAAGAGAGCCAGCCCUUCCACUCCCCUCCUCACGCUCUUUUUCAGGCAUCUUUCCCUCAACUAGGGUUGCUUCUGAUAAUGGAGCCAGGCUGGGAGAAGGAAGUUGGGGAGAUAAACCUGUGGAUUCAGGGAAGGUUUUGCACUCCUUACUUGGAUGCUCUUUUUAAUGGGGAAAAAUAGACCUCUCCAUUUGUGUUUCUGUCAUGCUGGCCCUCCAUGGGAUGGGAGUAGGUGAGAUUAAAAACUGCCAGUCUGUAAGGAAGGCAAGCAGAUGGAAAUGGGAGUGAGUGGGGAAUUGUUUUGUGAGAAAGUGAGUGGGGGGGGGGGAGAUAUUGCCUGAGAGAAAUCUGCAGCUUGCCCAGGGUGUCCAUGAGAGAGGCCUGAUUUUAAACCCAGGUCUCCUAGCUGGGCGGCCAUUUUAUAUGGCCACAGUGGAUCUCUUGCAUGUGAGGGGGCCAAAGCCAGGCUGAAACCCAAAAUGUAUCUUCAUUCCAUCUGUUUCUUGCCCUCUAGCCCUUCUCACAGAAUUCUAAAACUCUUUGGGAACUGGACUAUUAGAAGCAGAAUAAAAUUAAGCAAAGCACACUUGUGGAAUUGGUACCAUUUGGGCCCAGAAGGCAGAGUGUUAGGGUUUGGCUUAAAGUGAGUAGGAGACAGAAAAUGGGACAGUUGCAUGGAUUUAUGUGGGGUAACAGUAACGGAAAGGAGGAGUGGAGAAUGAAACAUGUGAAGGCGCUCGGACUUUUGUACACAGCCUCUUCCCUGGUUCUCUGGUACCCUUUUCCACCCCUUGCUGUUCAAUGGAGCUGCUCAGCCAACUGACAACCUACCCAUCCGCUCCCACAUGGCUAACCUCCAGGAUCAGCAUCAAGCCCAACUUGGUAGAACUUUCUGGAAUCGUUGGACUGUCUCUUCACGUCGGCGAGGCAGGCGGCAGCUUGUCGUCUCUGGUCGCCAAACAACACACCCAACCACCCUCUCUGGCCAGGAUGGUUGGCAAUCCCAUGGACCACGUCUUGUGUAUAUAUACUUUCUGCGCUGGCAUAUCAGCUGUCAUGUAAUUAGUCCCAACAGGUCCUGCUUGGGACAAUUUGUGUCAUUUGGAACUUGGUUGGGCCUACCCAAACUCCUUGGCUGGUCUCUACCCGCCUGACUUUGGCACCUACCUGUUGUUGAGUGUUUGGGGGCGGGCGGGGGGGGCGGGAGGGAUGUCUCUUGGCUAACUGUAUGCGUGUUGCCUCUGGAAGAGAUGAAUUCUAAUAUUCGGAUUGUCUCGUACUGGUGAGAGCUCCCCUUGAAUGCAGUUUGGACAAUGGGGCUUUCUUCAUUGUUUUAAAAAGAGUAACUGAAAAUAGGACUUGUUCUUCUGAUCUUUCAGUAAAGGGUGUGGGAGGGUUUUUGAUUUUGGUUUUUUUAAGGUUUGUUUUUAUUUUUUUGAUGUGGGGAGGGUGGCGGCAUCUGUGGCGAUUUUUAUGUCAGCCUUGGAAAUGCGCCCACAGAAAUUCUUAGCCCCUGGCAGUUUUUAUUACCCCGCUUGACUAUACCUGGUUAUGAUCUUACUUAUUUCAUUCUUACAUUUAUAUACUGCCUUUCUGCCUAUGCACUCAAGGUGGUCUGCAAUUUUAAAUGAUGCCAUACCUUCAAAUGGACACAAUAGAAAAAAGGAAAGGAAACAAGUGAGCGAAGAGGAAAAUUUAGGUAUCAGUUCUUAAAAAAAAUAUGAAUUAAUUGUGAGAAUGGCUGUUGAGGGAACAAUUCUAGGAUGGGAGGGGCCAAACUGCAGUCUGUCUAAGCCAAGCCGAUGGAGUGGGCCUCGCUGUAUCACUUCUCCCUCAUAUUCUUGGUAUAUCAACUGCCUUUUAACAAAAGAGAAGAAGCUGUUCUCUCCUAGCUUGCAAAAGGUUUCUGGUU